AUGAAUGAUAUAGCUUAUAAGGCAAAUACAUUCUUGAGAGGAGGCUGGUUUACUUCACCAGAAGAAUACGAGUCAAUGGGAUAUACUCUUGGUAUGCCUCCUGGCUAUUACGCUCCAAAUCAUCCUGAAAUUGAUAAAUUAGUUGAAAGAAUUAAACCAUUUGGCGGAAUAAUAUUUCCAAAUUCAAUGUCCACCAAAGAAGAUCCAAACUCAAAGAGAAAAGUUAUGGUUUUAAACCUUCCUCCAGAAAUGACACCACAAACACUUAACAAUUAUAUCACUCAGAAUCUCCUCAAGAGAAAACUUAUUACUGAUCCAAAUCCUAUUGAUUUCAUUGAUUGGUUGCCAGAUCAAUUUGGUGGAUACGUCACUUUUAAGAGCCAAAAGGAUGCUGAAGCCGCAGUUUCUAUAGGAAAAUCCCUCGUAUACAACCAACGUGAAAUCCAUAUCAUUUGGCCUUAUUCCUUGCAAACAGAAGAAUUUUCAACAAUUGAAAUCAACGAAAACCAAACGAAGAAUACAAUUUACGUUGAAUUUCAUAACGAACAACCAAAUGAGCAAAAGAUUUACCAGAUAUUUGAGCCGAAAUACCAAGUUAGCAAAACUUUUAUAUCUCCUGGUUCAAAUUACGCUAUUGUAACACUUUCCCAUGAUGAAAUUACCGAUAUGACAGUUUUUGACCUUCAAGCUACAUGCGGAGAUGAUGUUUCAAUCAGAACUACAUUCGAACCACCUUCUAUUGACCCCAGAACACCAUCAGAUCAAAAAUUACGCCAGACACAACUAUACGAGGGUCCUACCAAGUUAGUUUCCGUUGUUGCUCCAAAUCUUUUGAAUAAUCCUUGUAUUGCUGACAUUUUGAACUCAGAAAUGACUGUUUCAUCGCUCAUUCAGCAAGAGACAGAGGAAAACCAGAUUGGAGACGAAACAGUCCUUUGUUUAUACAACAUUGCAAAAGAUUAUAUUUUAAUGGACCCAGAAUUGACAAAUGAAUUCCUCAGCGACAUAACAGAAGAGUGCCAGAAGUACGGAACUAUCUUAGACUACAAAAUUGACCCAAUGGAACAUCAAAACGACUACGGUGUUGUAAAAAUCAGAUACAAAACACCAGAAGAAGCAAAAAGAGCUCAAUUAAAUUUGGCAGGUAGAAGAUACGAGGGAAGACUUGUUAUCACCUCUGUUGAAGCAGCAGAACAAAUUUAA